GGAAAACCCAGUCCUUGUCUUUGUAUCUCUCUGUGUUCUUCAAUCUGCAGCAGCAAUAGGAAGCAACCAUGGGUGAAGUUCUGAUGCUGGAGGCUCCACCCUCCUACGGUGGUUUGCCUAGGAGUUCCGACGCCGAAAUCAUCGACGCUUUGCCUUACAUCGACGAUGACUACGGCGACCCUAGAGUGAAGGUUGAGGUCGACCGUCUCGUCGAGGAUGAGAUGCGCCGCAGCUCCAAGAAGCCCGCUGAUUUCCUCAAAGAUUUCCCUCCUCUUCCCACCUCUAAUCUUGAGGGUUAUCCAAUGAUUGCUAGAGAGUAUGAGCGUGUGAGAGCUGGAAGACCUCCUGUUUCCAUUGACAGGUCGCGAUAUGAAUUAGAAAUACCUCCGCUUAACAAAAGGAAUGAUGAAACUGCCUGGAAGCAUGCUCUUCAAAGAGCUCAACGCCUCCUGCAAUAUCAGAUGAUGAGGAUGGAAAAUAUAGAGUUGUUGUUAAAGUAUGGCCCUGAUGCCUGGAAACAGCACAACCACCGAUUGGAAGUUUACUUGUUAAGAAUGCAGAAAUUAGCUCAGGAACAAAAUGAGAAGAUUGAAAAAGUAAAUCGUGAAAGGAAAUAUCACCAGCAAAAUACUGCAUAUGAGCUUAAUGCAUUGUCCACACAAUGGAAUGAGCUCUGUCAGAAAAAUAUAGACAUCAAUGCUGCGUGCGCAUCAGUUGAAACUCGCAUAAAUGAGCUGAAGAGAGAAGCAGCAGAAAGAGGCUGGAACUUGGAUGCUAUCUCUGAAAAUGGCCAAUUGGCCAAUUCGGAAUCAUGAGAUUCACAUGUCCUCAUUAUGUUUUGUAAUUUCUAUCCGUGGUGAAUUUGUUCAGCUCAAAGCUUGACUUUAAUUGCUACUGUAUUCGUCAGUGUUUAGUUUAAUAUCGUGAAAAAGUUACCUGUUUGCUCA